GCAGGAGCGAAAAACCAGACCACGGGGACUGCACGCGGACGAGUUUGCCAUACGCGUGUGCUGUGCGCGCAUAUACUCGUUGAAAUAAUUAUUUUUUUAAUAGUAAUAAAUAAUACAGUAACUGCUGUGUGUUAAUUGAUAAAAGAACUCGUGUAAGGUCGUUCCCCAUAUUUUAUUUUGGUAAGUUAGAUAGUGGGUGUGCCGAAAGAUUGAUAAAUAUGGCGAACAGCGUAGCACCGGACUCGUGGGAACAGCAGGCGGACAGCGCUGACACUACCGCCGACAAUACAUUUAUCGAGGGAAAAUUUUCUACUCUUAAUGUCAAUGCAGCUGAAUUUGUGCCUUCCUUUUGCAUAAACUCGUUGCCCCAAAGCAAUCCCACGAGCAACACGACAACUACCAAUCCCAGUGAACCAGUAAAUCCUGAUAACACCGUGGCAACACCUGAAGCUGCCACGAGUAGUGCUGACACGCCAGUUGACGAAUCCAACAGUAUCUCCGAUUCUGAUGUUGCCACCAGCACUUUCGUGCCGCCAGAAACUCAUCAUGCUCCACCUGUACCAGCUCUUCCACCGGAUCCUGUGGGCAACCGAGCCGAGGAACCUCCUGCUGGAGGAGGAGCACCACCACCUCCGAGUGUUAGUGACCUAGAGGCAAGCAACAGUAGUCCGGAACAUCAACCAGCUGAUUCCUGGGAAGAAGCAGCUGUUGAUAAUGAUCCGUUAUUAACACCUGAAAAUGAAGAGGCGGAUAUCGAAGAAGACGAAGAAACGAUUGUCAAGGUCACGAAAAAGAAACCAGUUAAAGUUACUGAGGAUACGAAAAGCAAAAAGGAGCACGUUAAUGUUGUUUUUAUUGGCCACGUUGAUGCCGGUAAAUCAACAAUUGGUGGUCAAAUAAUGGCACUUACGGGAAUGGUCGACAAGAGAACACUCGAAAAAUAUGAAAGAGAAGCUAAAGAACGUAGCAGAGAAACGUGGUACCUCAGUUGGGCGCUGGAUACCAACCAGGAAGAGCGUGAGAAGGGAAAAACGGUGGAGGUUGGCCGAGCGUACUUUGAAACAGAACGUAAACACUUUACAAUAUUAGACGCACCAGGUCACAAAAGUUUUGUGCCAAACAUGAUCGGUGGUGCGGCUCAAGCGGAUCUUGCUGUGCUCGUUAUAUCAGCGCGAAAAGGUGAAUUUGAGACUGGAUUUGACCGAGGUGGACAGACGAGAGAGCACGCUAUGCUUGCUAAAACAGCAGGCGUUAAGCAUCUCGUAGUUCUAGUUAAUAAAAUGGAUGACCCGACUGUAGAGUGGGACGAGGGGAGAUACAACGAGUGCAGAGACAAAAUCCUUCCAUACCUCCGAAAAUUAGGAUUCAACACAGCGAAAGACCUGACAUUUAUGCCAGUGUCAGGUCAAUUGGGAAUCGGUUUGAAAGACCCGAUACCUGAAAGUCUGUGCAAUUGGUACGUCGGGCCGCCUUUCAUACCCUUCAUUGACUCGCUGCCAUCGCUCAAUCGUAAAAGCAACGGACCAUUUAUCAUGCCUAUUGUUGACAAGUACAAGGACAUGGGUACGGUGGUGAUGGGCAAGGUCGAAGCGGGUGAAGCUAGAAAAGGUCAAGCCUUAUUAGUUAUGCCAAACAGGACGGCAGUAAUUGUCGACCAGCUUUGGUCAGACGACGAGGAAGUUACGUCUGUUGGUCCUGGUGAAAAUGUUAAAAUAAAACUAAAGGGUAUUGAGGAGGAAGACGUCAGUCCGGGAUUUGUACUCUGCGAUGGUAAUAAUCCAAUAACUACUGGUAAAGUGUUCGAUGCUCAAGUAGUGAUAUUGGAGCACAAGAGUAUCAUUUGCGCGGGUUACAGCGCGGUAAUGCAUAUUCAUUGUGCCGCUGAAGAGGUCACGGUUAAAACGUUGCUUUGUCUUGUCGACAAAAAGAGCGGGGAUAAAAGUAAAACGAGACCUAGGUUUGUUAAGCAAGACCAGGUUGCUAUUAUGAGAAUAGAGUGUGCUGGAGUUAUUUGCCUUGAAAAAUUUAAACUCUUUCCCCAAAUGGGACGAUUCACCCUCAGAGACGAGAAUAAAACCAUUGCCAUCGGCAAAGUGCUAAAGGUAGUCGAGUAAAUUUGCUCAACGUCAUCGAUCGUUAGUGCCGGUCGAAGGCAAUAGCGGAAAUGUACACGCAACGACGCAGCGAGCCGCGUACAAGAUGAUACGCGAGAUAAAUAACAAUAUUACUACUAAAACGGGAAGAAAAAGAAAAUAAUAAGAUUAUAUUAAUAAAUAAUAAUAAAUAUAUAAAAGAUGAAAAUGAUAAAGUUGAUGAUGAUGAUAGUUGAGACAAAAAAGAGUAAAAAGAAGAAGAAGAAGAAAAUAAUAAUUUAGUAAUAAUAAAUGAAGAAAAAAAAAUGAAUUAAAUCCGGAACCCAAUUGAUCAGUUGGUCCGAUUUUAAAAUAAUCCGGCAACGUGAUACCGGCCUCUUAAUCCCAGGCACUUUUUUUACACUUAUUUUACAUAAAACACACAAUCAUAUAAUUCGUAAACACGUCGGUCUUCAUUUUCAUUUCAUCAAUUAAUUUUUGUUAUUUUUUUUUGUUCUAUUUCUUUUAUUUGAACUUUAGUUUAUUUUCAUUUUAAAACGAUUGUGGAUGAGUAGAAUGCGAUUUGCUCGUGGAUACGCACCUGGUUCUUGAAUUUAGAUCACAAGUAGGAUUUAAUAAUAAUAAUAAUAAUAAUAAUAAUAAUCAGACAAAAAAUAAACAGAUAAAUAAUAAUAAAAAAAAUUGAACAAGUGUACACGUCCUGUUUCAAGUAACUUACGAUGGACAACGAGGGUCAUUGGCCUCUGCCGCGACGCUAGGUAGUCAUUUUAACUUUUUUUUCCUUUUCUCGCUCUUCGUUCAUCACUCCUGUGUCGCGGUCUCACGCGAUCCUCGUGUAAAGCACACGCACUUGUGUUUACGCCAGUGACGAAAAAAACUAAACAAUAAAAAAAAAAUCAAAGAAUAAUAUUUAAAUUAUGCACAUUGACAAUUAAUGAAUUCAAUACGUAAGUUUGUCAUUUAAAAAAAAUCCACGUGCGUUUAUCCGCGAUUAAGGUCUGUAUGUACACAAAUGCAUAUAGUUAUGUAUAUAUUAUCUAUAUUGAUAUACGUAUAUACAUAAUAUUAUUAAUUACUGUUACACGGCUAUUAUAUCCAUAAUUAAUGUUUGUAAUAGUUGCGAGUAAAUUAAUGUUUUAAAAAGGAAAAGGUUUGAAUAAUAAACUGUACCAUUAUUAUUCUUAUUAUUUUAUAAUUAUCAAUUAUACAUUAUUGGAGCUAAGAAAAACAAAUUAUGUAAACAGAUAUUGUAAGAUUAUUACAAAUAGAAAUUAUUGUUUUCUUUUUCUUUGUUUUAAGUAUUUUCUUUUUUUUUUUUUUUUUGUUUUUUUUUUUUUUUUAAAUUUCUCAUAGCAAAAAUUAACAUUCGCGCGAUUGCGAUUUAUAGAGUAAAUAAUAUUUAACGGAUGUGGAAGGAGGAGAGAGUAAAUAAUGAGGAUAAAGAAUUAUUAUUAUUAAUAAUAUUAUUACUAUUAUCAAUAUUAUUAUUAUUGAUUUUAUUCUUAUUGCUAAUAAUUAAUGAAUUAGUGGGUACGAGGUGUAUACUGGACUAAAAAAGAAAUUAAUUUUUUCAUUUAAAAAAAAUAAAAGUUUAAUUAAUAGUAAAUACUUGGGUGGGAGAAAAUACUAAAUAGUGUUAAAUGAUAAUUAUAAUUAUUAUUGCUAUUGUACUGUUUAUUAUUUUAUUGCCAUUAAAAAUGAGUUUACGAUAAUAUUUUAUUUUAUUUUUAUUUUAUUUUUUUUUUUUUUUUUAAGAGACUGAACCAUGGCCGGGGUUCUUUUCUACAUUUUAUUUUAUAUCUCUUUUAAUUAAUUAUUUUUAAAUAACUGGGUUGUCAAUUAAAUAUACAGUUAAAUACUUUUAUGUUUCUGCUUCGCUUGAUAAGAAACGAAAAAAUAAAUUUUAAAAAUAAUUAGGCCUCAGAUUGUUUUCUUGGUAUGAUUAUGAUCGUUGAAUAAAAAAUAGUUAACAAAAACUAAAAAAAAGUAAGUAAUAGAUAAGAGCGCUUGUUCACGCGACUUUAUGUGUCGAUGCUAAAAUUUUAAAAUAAAGGCAUAAAUUUAAAAAAGAAAGCUGCAAUGUCUCGCAAGCGAGAGUUAAAGAAAAAAAAUUAAUGAUAAAGAAUUUUAAAAAAAUCAUUUUACUUGAAAUUAAAGUGCUUUUUAGCAGCAAAUAAAAAAACGGUUGCAAUUAAAUGCAAAAAUUUAUUAAUGACAGAUAUAAAAUUAAUAUUAUUAAAAAAUGGAUAAUAUGAAGAUGAAGAAUAAGAAGAAGUUAAUGAAAUUUCGAAGUUUUUUCAGUAUAAAAAAAGCUGACGAUAUUAGUGGAUUAUGUGUUUGUAAAAAAAAGUAAGGAUCGGUAACGACCCCAUUGUUAUUAUUAAUUAUUAAUUAAUAAGCUAGUAAUAUAACAAUUAUAAGGUAAUGAGAUAAUUAAUUAUAAAGUAAAUGAUAAAAAUUAAUGAAUUAUAAUUAAAGAAAACGAUACACAGAAAGUUGGGAUGUUAGAUCACGUGUAAUAGCGCGUGUGAUUUUAAAAAAAUGAUUUAAAUCGAUAGUGAUUAUGAUGAAGCAAAGUAAAAUUUAAAAACUAAAUAAAUAAUAAUAAUAAUGAUGAUAAAAAAUUAUAAAUUGAUAAGAGUAGAUGUCCAAGAGGCUUAGCGUGAACCACGUAACCCAUCGCGGUCACAUUCAUAUUUUUAUAUUAUAUAUCACAUACGCCAUCAUUUUUAAUUAUUAUUAAUUACGAUCAAAGCUGGCCGAUAGAUUUAUGGACGAAUAAAUAAAUAAAUAAAUAAAUUUCAUUUAUAUAUUGUGGGCAUAAAAUAAGAGUUGACUAACUUUAUUUAUAAUAAAUAUUUAAAAAAUUUAUUUAUCAAUGAACCAAUUAUUCAUUAAUUAAUUAUUAAAUGCCGCUUUUUAUUGUAAACACGCGAUUUAUUAUUAUUGUCAUCAGUUAUUUCUUUUAAUUUUUUUUUUUUAUUAAUUAAGUUGUAUCUUAUGAUUCUGAAGUUACAAGACAACAAUUUUUAGAUUUCUCUUUCUAACAAAUCGAUUACAAAAAAAAAACUAAAAAUAUGCAUAUGUAGAAAAUUUUAAAAACUAUUGGUGUAAUUUUUGAAAAUAUUUCUUUUUUAUAAUUUGUCGUUUGUAAAAAAAUCUAAAAGUUUGUAGACGUCAGCUAACUUGAGUAUCAUUUGAUUUUUGCGUGUGUUAAUGUGCGUGCUGUAGUAAAAUUAAGGAUUUUUUGAUAAAUAGAAUUUUAUCAAUGCCGGCAAUAAAGAAAAAUUAAAUUUACUGUUUUAGUAGAAAAAAAGCACACGUACACCACAUACGUAAUAUUUAUUUACUUACAAGUGUAUCGAUAAAAAUUAAUAUUAUCUUCUUUUUUUAAAAUAAAAAAUGUCGGCGAAUUUUAAAGCCGUUUGUUAUCGA